GUUUAAUUCGAUGUCAGUGGAUGUAGUUUGCUGCUGUAUGCUGGCUGACUCGAGUAUUGCCUCGCGCUUCGGAGCCCGAAGGGCCGACGUGCAUGCAGUCUUGAUAUAAAGGAUCCUUGCCUGUACACAAUUGGAUAGUGCAGUCUGAGAUUCUAAGCGUGGCCAUGGCACUGAAUACUACGAUUGUCGACCUGGCGAGGAAGAUUACUGCCGCUGCUGAGGUGAUUGACGGCUUCACCACUGAGAAUAACUUCAGUCUCUCCUUCGACGCCGACUCUGCUGAUCCUGCUACUCUCCAUGGCGAGAAUGCGCAAGCAUACCAGCAAGCCCGGAUCACCGCUGUCGAGGCAGCAACCGAAAUGAACGCUCUACUAUCCGGGAACAACGCUGUCUUUCUCGAUCUAUGCACUUAUUACCACGCAGCAUCCGCCCUGCGAGCGGUCUUGACAUUCAACCUCGCCUCGUCAAUCCCUUUAACAGGAAGUACAACCUACGAAGCGAUAGCCCAGAAGACAGACACCGGCAACCUGGACAAAAAAACAAUCCAGCGCCUGUUCGCCAUCCUAACAAGCUACCACAUCUUCAAGCAGCCCUCGCCCGGACACAUCGCACACACCCGCCUCUCCAAAGCCAUGCUUACAAACCCCAGUCUCUCCGCCAUGGUGCAAUUCGGGUUCGAAGAGGUCUACGGCUUCUCAUACCACCUCGUCGAGGCAUUGAAGAAGUGGGGGCCUAGCGAGGAGCCGAAUGAGACUGGGUUUAAUGCCUCCACGGGCAGCGAGGCGACGUUUUACGAAUAUAUCGACGAGAAGCGCAAUCAGGGCAAGUCCAGCUCGUUUACGGCUAUGCUGGAGGAGACGGCGGAGUAUGAGUUUUGGGAUAUGGAUGUGGUUGUGCGCGGGUUGGAGUGGGAGGGGGUGGAUCUUCUUGUUGAUGUUGCUGGGUCUGUUGGACACGUCAGCAUUGAACUGGCGAAACGGUAUGAGCAUCUGCAGUUUAUAGUGCAGGACUACGACACCGUUAUUCGACGAGGAGAGGACGCAUUGCCUGCUGAGCUGAAAGACCGGAUCAAAUUCGAAGCAAAGGAUAUAUUCGAAAAGCAGGAAACUAUCCCUGGUAAGAAAGUCGUCUACUUCCUCCGGGCGAUCCUGCACAACUGGAGCGACAAGUACGCCCGGCGCAUCCUGCAGGCGAUUGUGCCAGCCAUGAAGCCUGAGGAUCGCAUUGUGAUUAACGAGCAGAUUGUCUCGGACGGGACGUCGCUGUUGACGGAGCGGAUGGCAAGAUUCAGCGACAUGACGAUGUGGGCUGGGUUCAAUGGCCAGGAACGGACAGCAGAGCAGUUCGAGGAGCUGGUCAGGUCAGUGCCAGGGCUAGAGAUUGUGCAGAUCAGCCCUGGGCUGGGAUUGGGGAUUGUUGAGAUAUGCAGUGAUGGUGUUCUUUAGUAGUGAUGGUGUUCAAGUUGUUGUUGUUGGAUAACGCCAUCGGCUAAACACUUGCCCGUCAA